AUGGCCGCAAGUUCAUUUCUCACACGUCAAUUGUCACAUAAAAAAAUACACAGUAAAAUAAUAUCGACACCAGUAAUAGUUAUUCAUAAGGAUGACAAUGGUCUCCUUGAAGAGCGGAUAGAAGAUCAAUCCGACUAUGCAUCCAACUUCACUGUAUCCACAUCGCCAUCACCGUCUCCUUCACCCAUGAUGCCACCAAUAAAGUCGUUUAAUGAUUCUAAAGAAGAAGACCUCUCUUCUGCUUCCUUGCCAAAUCUCUCUCUAGCAAGUUCUUCUUCGGAAAACUCGUCUGCUUUGAAAGCAGACUUACUUUCCACAAGACGUCUCACCGUACACGAACUUACGGUUUCUGACGGCGAACCUGCAGCCUUAAAUCAAUUAAACAUGUUGAAACAAAGUGAUCGUGAUGGAGCUACUUUUACUACGCCUGAUGAUUUGCUGCUAACUCCCCAAUUGAGUAGCACUGAAGUCUCCCAAACGACCACCGAAUCCUCUAUCUCAGUUGGCAUGACCUCAAGUAAAUAUGAAUCUGACUCGACUCCCCCUCGGUUCGUCUUCAAGAAACCGGGUCGUCGAAAAUCCUUCCUUAAGGGAAUAAAAGAACACGUGUUUUCAAAAAAGUCAAAGAGUUCCCAAAAAUCCUGGUAUUAUUCAAACAGGAACGUUAACAUUGAGAAGUAUGGUAGAUGGGGUAAGGUGCUCGGUUCUGGUGUGGGUGGCCAG